ACAAGCCGAGUAAUUCCAAAACUAUCGAAAAAUUUGGCUCACAUAAACUCCUAAGUCCUAAAACUAUGCAACAACAGCUUUUUGUAUUUCAUAAUCUGGACAAACAAUUUUUUUUUUAUCUACUUUCCUUUAAUAUUGUUUUAGUUUUAGUUCUUCCUUUCCACCAACUUGAAGAACUAUUAUCCAUGUGCAAUGGAACUAAACAUUUUUGGGCAUAAAAAACAUUUAUGCCAAACUUCAACCCAUUUGAUUGUCUUUCUUUCAUUUGUUUUUCCAACCGAAGUAUCAAAAGCUCGACACUUUUUGAACUCUUGGAAAAGAUUCCAUUCCGUUUUUUAGCGGUUGGUGAUACCGCCACAUUUUGUUCCAAUAUAGUCUUCUAACUCACCUCUCUGGAGAUAAUCAUCUGUCUCCCACACACACACACACACACACACACACACACACACACUCUUCAACUAUGGCUGCAAAUGUUCCUCUUCAAUUCUCGGUAUAUUCACCUCGAACCAAACUCCAUUCUAACAAGAAUUUCAGAGCUACCUUUGGGGACCCUUCUUCAUCUCUUACUCCAGCAUAUGUUAAACUAAACGGGAAUUAUAGAAGCUCUUGCUUGAUUCGCUGUUCUUACAAUGGAAAUGGAAGAGGACCUGUUAGUGCUGAAGGAGGAGGAGGAGGAGGAGCCGGGGAUUCUGUGGAAGAUGGGGUGAAGAGUGUGGAAAAGCUUCUAGAAGAGAAGAGGCGAGCUGAAUUGUCUGCUCGAAUUGCUUCUGGGGCGUUUACGGUUGAGAGACCUGGAUUUCAAUCGGUGCUCAAGAAUUCUUUGUUGAAACUCGGGGUGCCUAAAGAUGUUCUUGAGUUUUUGUGGGAGAAGAUGGGAGCUGGUCAAGACUAUCCGAAAAUUCCCGAAGCAAAAGGUUCCAUUAGUGCCAUCCGUAGUGAGGCUUUCUUCAUUCCUCUGUAUGAGCUUUUUCUCACUUAUGGUGGAAUAUUUAGGUUGACAUUUGGUCCAAAGUCCUUCUUAAUAGUUUCAGAUCCAUCCAUCGCCAAGCAUAUAUUGAAGGAAAACUCGAAGGCUUACUCAAAGGGUAUCCUGGCUGAGAUUUUGGAUUUUGUGAUGGGGAAAGGACUCAUACCUGCUGAUGGGGAGAUAUGGCGCGUCAGGAGGCGUGCUAUAGUCCCAGCAUUGCAUCAAAAGUAUGUAUCUGCAAUGAUUGGAUUGUUUGGACAAGCCACAGACCGGCUCUGCAUGAAGCUUGAUCAAGCAGCUUCAGAUGGAGAGGAUGUGGAAAUGGAGUCCCUUUUCUCCCGGCUCACAUUGGAUAUUAUUGGGAAAGCUGUAUUUAAUUACGAUUUUGAUUCUUUAAAAGUUGAUACGGGAAUAGUAGAGGCUGUAUAUACUGUACUACGAGAAGCAGAAGAUAGAAGUGUUGCACCAAUUCCUGUCUGGGAGAUUCCUGUAUGGAAGGAUAUUUCACCGAGGCAGAAGAAGGUCAAGGCCGCUCUCAAGCUUGUAAAUGACACUCUGAAUGAUCUCAUUGCUAUUUGUAAGAGGAUGGUGGAUGAAGAAGAGUUACAGUUUCACGAAGAAUACAUGAAUGAAAAAGACCCCAGUAUUCUUCAUUUUCUGUUGGCAUCUGGAGAUGAUGUCACUAGCAAACAACUUCGAGAUGACCUGAUGACAAUGCUCAUAGCUGGGCAUGAGACAUCAGCUGCCGUACUGACUUGGACCUUUUAUCUUCUUUCAAAGGAACCUAAUGUUAUGGCCAAGCUUCAAGAUGAGGUUGAUGCAGUCCUUGGUGAUCGAUUCCCAACUGUAGAAGACAUGAAGAAAUUGAAAUAUACAACCCGAGUGAUAAACGAAUCAAUGAGACUGUACCCACAGCCACCGGUUUUGAUUCGUCGUUCCCUUGAGAAUGACAGUCUUGGGAAGUAUCCAAUCAAAAGGGGAGAGGAUAUUUUCAUUUCUGUUUGGAACCUCCAUCGAUGUCCCAACCGUUGGGAAGAUGCAGAUAAGUUCAAACCAGAAAGAUGGCCCUUGGAUGGACCUAAUCCAAAUGAAACCAAUCAGGAUUUCAGUUACUUGCCAUUUGGGGGCGGACCAAGGAAAUGCGUUGGUGACAUGUUUGCUACCUUUGAGAAUAUAGUAGCUGUAUCCAUGCUUGUUCGGCGUUUCAAUUUCCAAAUGGCCCUCGGAGCACCACCUGUUGAGAUGACUACAGGUGCAACUAUUCAUACAACACAAGGAUUGAAGAUGACUGUCACAAGGAGGACAAGACCUCCCAUAGUCCCCAUAUUGGAGCCAAAAUUGAGAACUGAUUCGGACAUCACAGAGCUCAACUCAGUAGAAGAUCAGAAAAAUGAAGUUACUCCUUCUCGCUCUUAGUGUAUAUCAGAAUCUCAUUUCAACAUUACAAAACAGCUGCUAUGCAGAUGGAAUGAUACGGGCAGGUCUCUAAUCUACAACUCAGGAAGUGACAGCUGAACGUUUGCAGCGGCAAAAGAUCAAGUUACCAUAGGGAAAAGCGGAUGGAAAAUAGUUGCUGCAACGUGUGUUGAGUGGGAGUUUCAAUACACUUGGUCACAGGCUGGAUGAUGUUUUCAGCCGUCGAAACAUGUAAAUGUGAUUCAUCAGUGAAAAACAAUGUUACAAAUUUACAGGCAACUGUGCGGGAGUAAUUUCCCAUUAUAGGCUUAUAGAAUCAAUCCAAUGUAUUUGAUUUCCUUGUAAUUGCUUGAUGUCUCUCUUCUGUUAACUCCAAGUCGCAACACCUAGGCCUCUUACACACACAGGAAAUGGCUUAUACAAAAUUCAGA